UGGAAAUUAUUGUGUUGGCUUAAAAAGUGUUGUCAAAAUAGUGCACUGAAACACUUGAAAACUUUUGCCCAGAACUUGCAUUUCAUACAGUUGAAACAGAUUAAAAGAAUCAGAGAAUAAACCUAUAUAAUGUCGAGUAUUGUGUUGUGCGGUCGGCGAUUGCUAUUGCUGCUGCUGUUCUUGCAGCUGCUGAUGAUGUCCUGCGAUGCGGCACGCAUCAAUCGCUCCGCCUUCAUGGACGGCGAUGUGCGCUCUGAGGUGGUCGAUCCCAACAAUCGCACGAUUUGGGGCAUGUUCAAUCUGACCGAGGAGCAGGUGAAUCGCAUACGCAGCGGCAGCAAUCCAGCUGCCAAGGACGAGGCCACACAGGCGAACAAAAACCAUUUGCUGGAUCAAAUUGCCAGGCAACGGAUUAACGAGAUACGCUCACGCAUACGCAUCGCUGUAACCAAGUCGGAUGUCAAUGAUAGCCAGGCGGAGCAGGCCGAGCUGAAUCAGCCGUCGCACGAGAAGGCCGGCUAUCCCAUAUGCAACAGCGAGACGACGCCCAGCAACUGGCAGCAGUCGAGCAAUGUGACGUUGGAAUUCGCCAGCAGCGUCUUUCAGCAAUACGGCAACAAUAACUUGAUCCUAGACAGCGCCAUUUUGCGGCUGUACAAAAUAAAUCCGGCUGAUAAAACAACAGCCGCGCCAGCCACAGCAGCGAGCGGCAGCGGCAACGUGGAGCCAAUGCCCGCCACGACGCCGUCCUGUCGCGAGCCCUACCUCGAGUCGCAGAUACGCGUCACCGUCUACAUUGUCCAUCAGCAGAAGAAGAAACGUAAGUUAGAGCGCAAGAAGCGCACCUGCAACACCAUCAUGCUGAGCAGCACCAAGACCGGCUGGGUGGACAUCGAUGUCAAGUGCGCGCUCACCUACUGGGCACAGCAACAGCAGCAGCAACAACAACAGCAGCAACAUCCAACACAGCACUCACAUCUGCCCAUUGAGGUGGGCCUGCUGAUGAUUGAGGUGCACGACGACGAGGACAAUCAGCUGCUGCCGGGCCUCUACUUUCAGCCACCCACUUGCGUUCAGGCAGAUAUUGCAGUCCCGUGGUCCGUCUACGGACCAGCGACGCCUAUGCCUAAUAUGGAAAACAACACGCUGUCGCGAUGCCCAAGACUAGACGUGAGAUUCUUGGGCAACGGACUGUUGACGGAAAAGAGCUUUGAGAAUCGAACCAAUGGCAAACUGGAAAACCUCAAGAGCCAGGUGCUCAAUCCAUCACGCAGUCGAGAGCACCUCAAUGCGGAGGCGACCACAUUAAAUUCACCAACAAUUGACAACAAUUUGGAGAACAGCGAGAACGAGAGCGAGCAGAGGGAGCAAAUUCAUCAUCAUCGYAGACGUCAUCAUCAUCAGAGCGUAGAGUGCGCAUCUAUGGAGGCUGAAGAAUCGUUUCAGCAGUCAGCAGAGACACAGCAUCACUUGCGAACGCAUCAUAACCAUCAUCAUCAUCAUCAUCAUCGUCAUCAUCAGAGCCACAAUCAUCAUCACCAUCAACACAAGCAUCGCCAUGUGGUGCAGAACGAAGAGUAGAUUAGAUUCAAAUAUGAAGCUCAUUUUGGGCCAGGCCACAYAAACACACACACACACACUCAUAUUAUCAAUACAAUUGCACAUGCAUUCACCGUUCCAUGUCCUACAUGCUGGUCUUUUAUAGUUUAUUGUUUAUUUUUUUUUUUAUCUUUAGGGCCAGUUGACUUAAUUAGUUUUUAGUUCCAUGUC